AUGCAGGAUGUGAGUGGAAUAUUGAAGGAGGGAUUCCUCGUUAAAAGGGGACAUAUUGUCCAUAACUGGAAAGCAAGAUGGUUUGUUCUGCUGCAGGACAAGCUGCUGUAUUAUAAACUUGAUGGAGGCAGGAAGGAGCCUUCUCCUAAGGGCAGGAUCAUUUUGGAUGGUUGCACUAUCACUUGCCCGUGCCUGGAGUAUGAGAACAGACCGCUGGUCAUUAAGCUGAAGACAAAAACCAACACAGAAUAUUUCCUUGAAUCUUGCUCCAGAGAAGAGCGGGACUCUUGGGCUUUGGACAUUACUGGAGCCAUUCAUGCUGGCCACCCAGUGCAGGUUCAGCAGCUUCACAGAGUGAAAAAUUCCUUCAAACUUCCCUCAAACAUCAGCCUCAACCACAUAGUGGACAAAAUGCAUGAUAACAGUAAUGGAAUUAAACUGAUCCCCAACAUGGAACAAGGCAACACAUACAAAGAAAGCUUUACAGGUUCUGCACUGGUGGACUGGCUGAUCUCCAGUAAUUUUGUUGCCUCUCGAUUUGAGGCUGUGACAUUGGCCUCCAUGCUGAUGGAAGAAAACUUCACCAAGCCUGUUGGAGCCCGGAGCACUGAAGCCAUGCGCAGUGGUGAUCUGGCUGAGCAGUUCCUAGAUGACUCCACAGCACUGUACACGUUUGCUGAAAGCUAUAAGAGGAAACUCAGCUCCCGGGAAGAACUGCACCUCCAUAUCCUUGAAUUAAGUGGAACAAUUGUAAAACAAGGAUAUUUAGUAAAACAGGGACACAAGAGGAAAAACUGGAAGGUGAGGCAUUUUGUUCUGAGGGCUGACCCUGCUUUCCUGCACUACUACGACCCGACAAAGGAAGAAAACAGACCAGUUGGUGGGUUUUCUCUCCGUGGCUGCCUUGUCUCAGCUCUGGAGGAUAAUGGAGUCCCAACUGGGGUGAAGGGGAAUGUGCAGGGCAACCUCUUCAAAAUCAUCACUAAAAAUGACAUUCAUUACUACAUCCAGGCCAGCUCCAAGGCAGAGCGAGCACAGUGGAUUGAGGCCAUCAAGCGGCUGACAUGA